GUGGGUGGGGCGGGCGGCGGCGGCUCCGGGCAUGCUCGGCCGUGGCUGCAGCGAGCCGGGCGGGUCGCGCUGGUCCCCGGCCGGCCGGAGCGGCGGCGGCGGCGGCGCGGGGCAGCAUGAGGGAGCCGCUCGUGUGGGUCCUGCCAGCGCCACAGUCCCAGGGGCUGAGCUUUGAUGAAGCCGGGGCAUUAUGUACAGCGUAGAAGACCUCCUGAUUUCUCAUGGAUACAAGGUGUCGCGAAGUAUCCCAGCGCCCGGCGAGGAUGAGCGCGAGGGCCACCGGCAAGCGAGGAGCCGCGCCAGAGCUGGCCAGGGCCUGCUGAAUGGGUGUGACCAUGGCCCGGCAGCCCUCCCCCCCAGCAAGCCGUCCCAGGGGAAGGGACACGCGAGCACCUCCGAGAACAGCCACCGCGCUCCCAGAGCCCAUGGAGAGCCCCAGGGCGCUUCUCCUCGAGCUUCUGACCUGGGGUUUUAUCAUCAGCCCGUGCUAAGGUGGUCCUCUCAGCCCCAGACUGCUCACGACCACGCCUACUGGAGAAGAAGAGGGCAGGAGGUCAGUGGCCUGCUGGGGCCAAGGGACCGAGACGAUCUGGAGGUCAGAGGCAUGGCCCAAGCACAAGGUCUGCCCAUCCACACAAGGGAGGGUCCAUGGGAAGUUGGAGGAAGGACAGAGAAUGUGAUGAAGAAGGCAGUUUGGGAAGAAGAGCUGAGAAUGGCGGGACCUGCCAAGUGGCAGAAUAUAAGCCUCGAGAGCUGGAACCAGCCAAGGAAAUUAGGGCGGCAGAUGUCUGAUGGUGAUGGGGAGAAAUUAUUUCAAGAUCUGUACCCAUUCAUGCAAGGAGAGCAGGCGUUGAAUUCCCAAAGCAAAGGGAAAUCCCAGUCCCUGCCCAGGGUUCUUUCCCCUGAGAGCCUGAGUUGCAUGGACAUCCCCAUUCCAUUAAAUGAUGGACAUUUUCCAGGUGUUCCUAAAAUGCCAUUUUAUCCCCCAAAUUGUGCACCAAAUUUGGAAUCCACAAGGAACCCUGAGAAGAGCGGCUCCUCGGUCCCUUUACCCCGGCCCAAGUUUGGGCGACCCCUCAAGCCCCCGUCCUAUGACUCUCACCAGCACUCCAGGGUGGGAGUGGAGAACAGCGACUCUCCGGACAGUCAGCAGGUAGACCUGUGUGUCUCCUACUUGAGCAGAACUCACGAGCCCAGGCUGGAGCUGUGUGUGUCCGACUCCGGUUUAGAGCCCCCGGUGUACGUGCCUCCACCAUCGUACCGGUCACCACCCCAGCACAUCUCCAACCCCUACGUGGAGGAUGCAGCACCCAGGCCCGAGGGUGGCGGUUCCCGUCAGCAGCAGCAUCCAAUGGAGCUGCCGGGCCCAGGUUGUCAGCUUCCUCCUGGCCCCCCGGGACCCGGGAACGAGUAUGGCGUGAGCCCACACUCCCCUUGCGGGGUCCCCCUGCAGCCCCGGCCUACCACCGCUUAUGACAGCUCUGUUCUGUAUAUUCCCUUUGAUGACCCACGGAUCCGACAUUUUAAACUAGCCCACCUGCAGGGCUUCUGUCAGGAAGCAACGGCUGAUGGGCAGCCCUACAACCCCAGCCCCGGCGCCACCCCGGCACCUGCGCAUGGACACAGUCAACAUGAUGGCGCCGCCUCGAGCCCGCAGAGUGCAGUGACCCCGCCAGGCAGUGUGGGUGGCUCCGCCACCACCGAUCCCAGUCCCCAGUGGUCGUGGGGCCCGCGCCCCAGGGAUGCAGAGAACGGCGGCUUCCCUGAGCAACGAGACCAUGGGGCCAUGAGAGGACAGUGGCCUGCCAUGGGGGGCGGUCAGCAGGGACACACAGAAGGCUCAGCCUCCUCCCCCAGCCCGCAGGGCGAGAGUACCUGGGAAACUCGAACCAAGCUCAAGAAGUUUGAAACUGGGAUUCCAACCAAGAAAAGUUCAAAGAAAAAAAUGAACGAGACGAUAUUUUGUUUGGUUUCCAUCCCAGUUAAAUCCGAAUCACAUCUGCCAGAUAUAGAUAGGAACAACAAUGACUUAAAACAGAGCACUGGUAAAAAGAAUGGGCUUGAUAAGAGCCCAGCUUUGCAAGAACAAAGUCUGCUGAGCACGUCUUCCACCGACCUGGAGCUGCAAGCUCUCACAGGAAGCAUGGUUGGGAGAACAGAGUUCCAGAAACAAGAUCUGGGGGAACCAGAAGAAGGCAAACAAACAAAUGACCUCAGAUUCAUUCACCCUACAAAACACAGAGAGCUCGAGUAUUCUGGCUCGUGGCCAGGGCACCAGUACAGAGAUCAGCAAACGCAAACCACUUUCACCGAGGACUCCAAAAGCCCACGGCCCCUCGCUGCUGAGAAGCCAGGAGGGUCCCCAAAAGCCGUACUGACUCCCAGACUUUCAGACCCCCUGGCCUCCGAAGCUCACGCGCCCAUGGCGUUAGCUUCCAAUGACCAGAACCAGAGGCCAAAGGCGCCUCCCCUCAAAGGUCAAAUGUCCCUCAGCCCCUCCAGCAACAGUGCUUUCUCAAGGACUACGUCCUGCAUACACCAGGCACGUGCCCCAAAAGCAGGGCCCGGUCAGGCCGGUGCAGAUGGCCGUGGCCGCAGCGCCAGCCCCGUGCCCCGGGGCGAGGUGGUGAAGGGGGAGACCACCGGCCCCUGCAACAGUAAGCAGCUGUUCGGGCAGUUUCUCCUGAAGCCCGUUAGCCGGCGCCCCUGGGACUUGAUCAGCCAGCUAGAAAGUUUUAACAAGGAGAUUCAGGAGGAAGAAGAAAGCGGUCAGAGUGGCAGUGACAGUCGCAGUGAGGACAGUGACACAGAGUGGCUGUGCGAAGGCAAGAACUGGGGCUUCGGUGAAGCCAGCCGGGCCUGGAGAGCUGAGGAACCCCGAAGGAGGCCAGCGCCGGAGGAGCCUGGGGCCCGGCCGGGAAGAGUGAAGAGCAAGUCUGAGAGCUGGAGCGAGGAGCAGAAGCCUGGGCGGCCCUGCGCCCCGCCUCAGUCCCCGGGCCCCGCGACGGUGGGGCCGGGCGGCGGCAGGGGUGCAGCCUCGCUGUGGGCGCACGGAAGCCCGGUCGCGGAGGAGGGGCACCAGGAGGUGGAGCACAGAAUGAACAAGCUAGCCGUCAGCCCAGGUCCGCCGCACAGAGUGACGUCUUCUAGGUCAAGUGACACAAAACCAGCGCCCUCGUCCGAUCCAGCUGAACUGAGGCAGCCCCAGGGAAGUCAGGAGCUGCCCGGUGUUUCCAUUUCUGGGGAGCUGAGCACAGCACCCCCUUGGCGGGCUGGGGCUGGAGGGGAGAGCAGCCCGCUGCUCCCACUCUCUCUUGCCAGCAAACCCCGAGGACUUUCCGCACCGGACUUGAGGUCUGUGGGGCUGCCGCCCGCACAGAAGCCGAGUACUGAUAAGUUAGAUGGGUCUUUAGGGGAAGCAAGUGCAAUAGAGAUCCCCCCGAAUGAGUCCCUUCAAGCGAGGGCUGCGAGGAUCCUGGGUAUUGAGGUGGCCGUGGAGUCCCUGCUGCCGGGCGCCAGGAGAACGGGACAGAACCAGCACCCCGGGACUGAUGGAAGUGCCCGCGGGCCAGAGGCCCCCAGGGAGGAGUCUGUGUCCAGCUCAGCCGAGCCAGAUGACCCCCCCGUGUCCACAGACGCCUUUUAUGGCAGGAGAAAGUGCGGCUGGACCGAAAGCCCUCUCUUUGUUGGGGAGAGGGACAGUGCCCGUCGGGCUCCCCUGGCUGCUGAGCACUCAAGUGUGGACAGCACUGUCCCCAGCAAGGCCCCGAGCCCCGAGCCUCAGCCCAGCCCCCAGGAGUCCCAGGCCUUCAAUCACAAGGACCUGGGGACAAAACCACCCUUCAGGUCCACUCUGUUCCAUUUUAUAGAGAGGACCCCAAGUGUGUCAGGCUCAGAAAAGAGGCUCAGAAGCACUUCCAAAGUGAUCGAAAGUUUACAAGAGAAACUGGCCUCCCCCCCGAGGAGAGCAGACCCUGACCGCUUGAUGAGGAUGAAAGAGGUGAGUUCUGUGUCUCGGAUGAGGCUCCUGAGCUCCCGGAGCACUGACUCCAUGGAGGAGGCUGACGAACUGAAGGCCGAGAGGGGCCCCGGGGUGCUGCCUGGAGGCCCGGUGUCUCUGAAUGCUGGGGAGCUGUUGCGGAAGGCCGGGCACCCGCCCUCUGUCUCCAGGGGCGCCCCCUCGCUGGAAGAAGAUGGCCAUCCGUCGGCACAGAGGGACAAGAAGAACGUCCAGCAGGAUUUCUGGUGCCCAGUUAGGACACCUUUGAGCUGCUGUGGCAGGAAAUUCUGACUAGAGGAGGCACACAAAUUCCUAUGACCCUAGCAGAGUGGAGAGGGUGUGAGGAGAUGCCAGUGAAGCCCGAGAUCACUAGAGUUUACUCACCAGGGGUCGUCUUGUCUGGCCUGCCCUCCCGGCUCUCCCGCGUGUAGGCCGGAGCCUGCUGGCUUGUAGAUCCCGUCACAGCCUCUCCCACUGCCACCAAGGAACUCCUCGUCCCUACAGAAUCACUUUGUGGAAAUAAAGCAGUAGUCCAUUGAAACCAUCUGUUUUCAUAAUAUGAAGAGUUAAUACCUCUAUUUAGAAAGGAGUCACAUAAACUCUCCGUAAUGAUGGAUUUAGCCAAGCUGGUAAAUAGUUUGGUGUUAAUCUGGUUCUAUGUGAAAAUUCAAACGUGAAUGAUUUUGAGAGGACUGCGAAUGUCAUAAAUUCCCCUCUGCAUCUCCACAGCCUGUGGUCCAUGCUCGUGUUAAGGAGUUUGGGACUUGGGCCAACUGCCCAGUGUUCCAGCACUUUGAGUUUAGGGGAAAUGGGAUGAAUAUAUAUGACCCGUUUCUAAUCAAUUUGGCCUUCUGCUGCUGCAAGUAACUCUAUUUAUAAGUAACUUGCCAUCAGAGAAUAAAAGCAAUAUCUUUUUAAGUUCCUAAAAGAUUAAAACUUGUACCAUAAUGUACUCAGAGUAUUAUUUAUCUGGCGAUGAAAUACUUUGAUCAUUCGCAAACACGCCAUUGUCUGCUUUGCCCUCAGUAUUAUCUAUUUUUGUGUUCUGUAUGGAUGUUUAGAAAUUCUUUAUAUGAAAAAUAAUUGCUGGUUUAAAAUAGACCAUUUUAACAAAGUAACUAUAUUUCUUUUUACAAAAAAUGCUAUUUUUCUAUGAUGUAAACAAUUGUGAGGUGGCAGAUUUUUAAGGAAGUAUUAUUUUAUUUAAGAGUCUGUAUCCCUUUGUGUGAGAGGAACCCAGAAAGGGUUCACGUUUGUUUUAAAGCACACAUCCCUUACCCCUUCACAACUCAGCUCCUUUUCUUUUAUCUUAGAAAGAGAUGUCCAUAUAGACAUUUUACAGGGUUAAUAAAAUGAACUUUUCACAAAGAUGCUUUUGCAAAUGUAGCUGUAAGUGAUAUUUGAAAAUAACCUACUCAAAACCAGCCAACAUCCUUACAACUAUUUUUGCUGCCAUAUCCAUUAGAAUUACUAAAAAACAUAGCUUCAUCUCGAUCUGUCUGUGGAGAUCUCCCCUGAGACCAGAAUUUCCAACCCCCUGCCCCUUUACAAAAUAUUGUAUUUUUAUCUAGAAUGAUCCUUAAUUAUUAGUCUCUGCAUAUUUUUAAAAGUGCCGGAGACAUUAUAUAUAUAUGCCAAUACAAAAGUACUACGAGGCCUAUGUAUUCAACUGUGUUUACUAUUGCAGUAGCCUGCACAAAUUUUAUGCAUUUUUAUGCGUUUACCCCUUCUUUUGAAGUAAGGUAUCUUGUUAGCUAACACUUCCUGAAUGGUUUCUUGUCUCCUUCCUUCCUUCCCUCUGUUUCUCUCUCUUUUUCUUUGAGAAACCACCUUAUCUAUUUUUAGACGUUUCAAAUUCCUAAAAUGUGAACCAUUGGGUGGUCUGCAAUUUGGCCCGCAAACAACUCUGACUGGCCCGUUUUUAUCUGUACCAUAUGACUUUAUUUCCUAAGAACUUCAUGUCUUUGGACUAUAAUAAACAACACAGAAUCUAAGUAAUUCUGAACAAUCGUUUCAAAUACACUUAUCUGCACUCUUGGUUCUUACUCUUACUUCUUUCCAGAUUUGGCUCUUGUGAAAAGCUGUAGUAGGCUCUUGCUUUCCCAGCAAACGAGAUGGGCCAAAUCUCAGCAUUUGGAAUGGUUAGAAACUUUUUCCCAGGAAUCGUUUAAUGGGGAGGAGGUCAGUUAGUCUGUUACAGUUGGUGAAUCACUCAAGUCAUCUACUAGAACCAAAUGAGGGUGGCUACCUGGAGAUCUUUGUGGGGUCUGCUUCUCUCCUUCAAUUGUACGUAUCUAUCUUUGUUCUGACUUCCUCUUCAAUUUGUUGAUCCCAUCUAAAAACUUCUUUUAAUCAAAAUAACUAAAUUUUAGCUUAUUCUUCAAGAGAAAGAAAAGGAUCCUGAAGAGAAAAAAACAGGGUAACUUAUGUAUAUCACAAAGCAAAAUAGGAUACUCUUUCAGUUUCUAUUCUAAAUUGUACCAUCUUUCUGAAACCAUUCUGAAUUUAGUUGAAAUUAUCAGUAUUUAUACUUUGAACCUUAAUUUCUGGAUUCCAGCCUGUAUAUAAAUCUUUUGGUGUGUGUUGGGGGGAUAACUUUGACAAUUCGACUUUUAAGCUUGCACAUUCUGAGGUAAAUAAUACAUUCUCUAAUCCAAAAUAGCUUCCCAGAAGUUUCAAACUUAAUGCUAAUUAUUCUUUUAUUAUUACCACUUCUCAUGCAUAUAUAACUAUCCAUUAUUAUUUGUGGCCGGAAAAAAAAGUUCUCAUAUUUUGUGUUUGCCAUUGUUUUUCUCGUAUGUAUGCUUAACUGUUGGUGUUUCAUAAUUUGGGGCUUAUAAAAUUAAAAGUUCUACAUUUGGCCAUUUGGACUCUACAUGAGGAAUUGCACAUGAAAUGUAUUUGUACUUUUUGAUUUACAAAAGAAGGGAAAACAUGUUGGUAAUAGAGCUGUAAUUGCCUUGCUUUGAAGAAAAUUUCAAAAUUACCGAAAACCAAGUACCUUCAUUAUAUCCUUUUCAACCUUGUGUUUCUGCAAGCUGCAGAAAACUGCCUGCCCAAGGCACACAGCUCCUGCGCGCAUUUGCAGAAUGCUUUUCCGUGUCGCUUGUCACAUGGAAUUCUUUAAAAGUCCCUGAAAACGUAUCUGCUGAGAUCCUGGUUUCCUUACUAGAAUUGUAGGUGAAGGUUUCGCUCCAUGUGCAAUUUCUAAGUCGAACUUUUUCUCUUCUGUUUGACUGUUGGUUGAAGUGUUGUGGUUAAUGCAAGUUCAAAUGUGUGAACUCAGAUGACUCUGGAACUAGCCCCUGACCGCGUUUUGCAGCAGCAGGAUGACGGACUCUGGUAGUGGCUUGGCUUCGGGCUUCUGAGGAGGAAGGGCGCAGCCGCCCCACUGUUGACACGACUCCUUCCCAGCUCGGAGCAGAAAGGACUGAUGGAAAAUAUGAUGAAGCCACCAUUUCAUCUGUGACUGCCCCCCCCCCCACACCCCGCGCCAAAGACUGUGUUUGUGUGUCUUGGCUGUUUUGCUCUGUUUUAUUUUGUUUAAAAUGAUGAAGUAGGACACAAUUAAGUGUCAGGUUAGCAGCUCUUGGAAAGUGACCAGUACAGCCGGGUUCCCGCUCCCUAAAGAGCCAGGCUCAGAGAAACCCUCCCAGUUUCCUGAGCUCUCGUGAGCAGUUACUGCUGUGUCCGAGCCUUGUUCUGCCAGAUCUGUCUGUGCUCUCGGGGUGGGAUGAGUCUCCGGCUGCAGCGCUCCCAGGCCUGGGGGAUUUUCGCAUUUGCUUUUUCUUUUGUUUGUAACUGCAGAUUCUGUACAUCUGUUUGUGGGAGGAGAGUUGCUACUCAGGACAGGAUUUGAGAGACAGAUUCCAAGUGACCUUUAAGAGUCUGCAUGGUGGGAGGUCCUUUUCCAGGAGAGUGGGUUGGUCCACCCUGGGACCCACCAAGCGAAGAAGGAGGGGGAUGGUAAAAUAAGGUUAAAGAGAGAAUAGGUCCCCAGCCUUCACACUUUAUUUUAAAAAGGGGGGGGCGGUUUAAGACUACAGUCCAGAUUGAGGCCUCUUCAAAAGGUCAAUAUGGUCUAGCCAGCUGCCUAUCGAAACAGUCCUUGGGUUCAUCAGCAGUGCGGAGAGGCGGGCAGAGUGCCUGCAGAUUCCUGGCUUUGACUUUUGAGAGCCCCUGUCACAGUUGUGUUUAUUACAGAAGACAGGGAGGUCCUUGUUCUAUGGCCUCUGUGCAGUGACUGAAACUUGAACCCAAAGGCAAGUCCAGACUAUCCAGCCGUUGGUCCCAUUGCCUUGAUUGGGGGGCGGUGGGGUGAGGGGGAAGCGCUCCCCAUAAGGUGAUUCAUUCCCUUCUCCGUACAGAAGCCAGGUCUGCUGGGGCUUGUAGCCAAGCCAGAGAGGCGAGACCUCUCUCCUUCAUCCCCCACCCUCACCGCGUGGCAGGGCUGACAUGUGUGACACUCACUGUCACGGAGCAAGAGAGAGACAAAAGCAAGUUCAAGUUGAGAAGCAUAUGGCAGAAAUUAGAAAUGAAAACCAUAUGUCCCAGCCAGGGAGAAAAGCAGUAACCUACAGAUUAUAAAAAUCAAUGAAUUACUCUCCACUUGGGUCAGCUGAAAUUUGAGCCCUCACACUCAGGCCUGUCAGGAAAGCUAAGCAGAAGCAUCUCGAAGAACAACAACAGCAACAAAAAAAACAAACAAAAAAAAACUUACCAAAUGUGGUGAAUACAAGGCCCUGUAACCCCACAGAAACUCUGUAUCUGCUCAUCAUUUCUUUGGGCACCAUGAAGACGGAAGGAGGCAGGUAGAGAGGGUCCCAGGAAAAGACACAACGGGUAGCGGCGAGUCUCCAGCCGCAGCUCAUCACCCCCGGAUCAGGCAGCACCAGAGGUCUUAAGGUGAUGAGAGGUGGAGGUGGGUGAAGAGGAGUAAAGCCCAGAUGAAUGUCUUCAGGGAGCUCUUGUAUCUCUGCACAAUGUAAAGACUUGCUAGUUCCGGAUGGUUGGCCUGCUCAGUAGCACACGUAUUCCAAAUAAACAUUUUGCAUGAAA